AUGCUCAUGGACGAGGUGAGGCACUAUCGGGCGAGCGGGCUUCCCCAGCGGGCGCCGAACAGCAUGAACAAUUACGGGCUGGUGCUGAACGAAGUCGGCAUGCGCCCUUUCUUUACGGCGCUGUUGGAAGGAUACCUCCAGGUCAUUGGCGCGCGGCUGUUUGGGGACGACCAGGACCGUGCUCGGACUGUUGGCGACAGGGCGCUGGGCACUGACGACUGGGGGGGCAGUAGCCUCUCCUCACACCAUACCUUCGUCGUGCAGUACAGCCCGGACACGGACCGUCACCUCGACAUGCACGUGGACGAAUGCGAUGUGACUUUUAAUUUUGGGCUCACCGAUGCGGGCUCUUUCGAAGGCAGUGAUCUUGUGUUCUGUGGCAUGCUGUCGUCUCUGGAGCACCGUCGCCAGGUUGUCACUUACAAGCACGUCAAGGGCCGUUGCGUCGUCCACUCGGGGAAGCGGAGGCACGGAGCGCUGAACAUCACCGCUGGGGAACGAGCGUCGCUCAUUUUGUGGACAAAGAGCGAGCAGUUUCGCCGAACCCCGACCUAUGCGGCGAGCGUCCAGGAGAUUUCCCGCAGGAUAGAGGUGCUUCCCCCAGAGACGGUGUGCUUAUCUUAUACCCACGACUUGGACUACAGUAGUUGGAUGUCGACCACCCGCAUAAAAGUUGUUGUCAGAGGUAAGCUCACGAGCGGAGAUGCAGAACUUUUCGUGGAGCCGCAGUUCACAGUUGGUGAUGUGGCGGAAAUACUUUGCUAUGGCACAUCGCGGCGAGGCGGAUCUUGGCACGACUAUCGCACACAUGGUGGAACCCCUCCGCUUGCAUCGCUCAUGCGCUUUUCUUGCAAGGGACAUCCGCAGCUGGAGUUUGCGAAAACAUUGGAGGCAUAUGGUAUAGGCGACGGCGACGUGCUCGAUUAUGCUUCCCGAGUAGUUCGCACAAGUGUCGUGUUCUGCAAGGCUUGGGAUCAAUUAAACGGCGAACCCAUUUAUUUUAAUCAGCGGUACGCGCUGAGCAAUAAUGCGGUGACAGGUUUCGAUUUGAGAAGUUUUGCAUAUAGGUUGGUGGCCCCAGAACGCAAGCACACUCUGGGCUUCGCAGAUUUGCGGCUCAUCUGCGUUCGGAGCGGGGAUUCGAUCGAAGAUGCGUCUUCAGUCGCCGGUCUGUUCGGCAGAGGGGAGUCCCUGCUAUGCGUCAGAAUCGAGCUCACAAAGUGGGCUCGCUGUCGCCCCGUUUUCUUGGUGGUGGAGAAAGGAGCACCUUUGGUGACGCACAGAGGUAGCUUCAACCUGGCGAUUGAACUGAAACUCUUGCUUUUUUUACAGCUGCACCGGAAAGAAUAUGUGUUCAGACGCAUCGUGAGUUUCCUUUGA